ACCUUUGAUGAAGUUGGGAAUGCAUGCUAGAAAGAUCCUGAUUUUUAGUGACUUGUUUGGUAUUAGUCUUUGUUUGUUUUUCUUACAUAAGCUAUCUUCAUAAGUGGGCUGAUAUCGAUAGCAAAUUAGCGCUGAUUGGCCUCAAUGGUGAUCAGAUGUUUUGGUAAUUGGACCGACCAUUUAGCCUGAUUUCAUACAAUAGAUUGCUUGACCUAUUGACACAGAAAGGGUAAAUAAUCUGGGGCUAAUCAGGACAUAUCACUCUCUCGGAUAAAAUUCCGAUCUGGGUCCUUUCCGAACACAUCACUUUCUGGAAUGAAUUUCUGUAAUUAUUCGUUUUUUUUAAUUUUUUUUCCCGUCGAAUUCACUGUUUUCUGUGUGGUGUAAUUUUUCAUUUCCUUUAAAUUAAGUGAUGAGGUUUCGAGUUUUGGUUAAGUUUAGAUAUGAUGUUAAGUGUAACUCUAUUGUGUCAUAUGCUCACAAACUCUUCAGAUGAUGACUAGUGAAACAGCCAUUUCCUUGACUGAGAUUUACAGAAACCAGCGGUCUGCAAUAUCAAACCAUCUGCCCUAUCUUGUACGUUCUAGUCGUGCCAGUGGAACCUCCAUGCCAUCUCUUGCUGGACCAUAUCAAGACCAAAGAGUUCUCUCAGAGUUGAGAAAUCCCCCCGAGUUAACACCUCCUGAGUUGAGGCAUCCUGGAUUGAGAUACGUUUUAAUGAGAAGACAAAUUGGACAAAACCACAGUGGCUAUCACUUAUCGAACCAUGCCGAAAACAACUUCAGCAAUAAAACUACUAGACCAGUCAAACAACCCAAGCUCAAUGUCAACUAUUCUAAAACUAGAAAAUGUCUGCAUGUUCCUCAGCUCAGCCUUCGAGUCGGCCAAUUUUCAGCAAAUAACAGCCCUCAAAACGUAAAUUUAAGUCAUCUCAAGAACAACCUUGGUGGCACGAACAGAUUGUGUCACCUAGACAUCCCUCUAUUAAACACCCAGCAAAUCCAAACAGGUAAACCCCUCAGAACUCCAUGUGCAGCCAUUUCAACCCAGACAAUGUGCUCCACUGAAUCACAAUCCACGCAGACUUCUGCCCCCUGUUUUAUGUUUCCACAAACCAGCCCUUUACCAAAAAGGAAUACUCAGAGCUCACAAACUGAAGGAAUAUUAGUACCUGUUUGCCCUGUACGAUACUACAAUACUGGUUUUCCUAGUCAGAAACACCUUGCCAAUACCCAUUCGAACAAGCUCAAUGUUCAGCACACUAGAGUUCACCAAAUAGGUGCUCAACCGGACGGACACCGUGUAGAACCUCUAUAUCCAUCAACAACACAGAUAGACUGUCCUGUUGAUUGGACCAGACCUCCUACGCGCCCUCAGCUGUGUCAGCCUCAUACAGUCCCUGAAUAUCAGCCUCCAUCUGUCACCCCAGUAUCAGAAGAGAAGCUGCAGGAACUGAUGCGAUUAAAAAUAAUACCAGAACUUAUUUUGUCAGAUAUCAAGGAAGAGCCUAGUGAACAAUCUACUGAAAGCUUUACCGGAAACUCUAUAUUAGAUACUGACCAAUCUAUUGUAGACCUUGACCAUAACUACGCGAUGAUACAGAAAAAGGCUUGUAACGGCUACUCUCUUAGUAACAAGAAUGCUGAACUCUCAGAAUUUAGUCUCAAAAUCCUUCCAAGUGUCAAAGAAGAAGAUCAGCAAGCCUUAAAUAAAACAAAAGUUGACACUUGUCCAGAUUUGAUGUCUAAUGCAGGUCCGAACUCCUUAACAUCUAGAAGCGAUAUACAAUCAAGCAAUAGCACCUCACCCAGUGAGUCACUGUCCCACAUUUGUGAUCCCCAGUCACCCUACAAAGUGACUCCUUCUUCCCCAGUUUUGGAUUCCUUGUUGCCUGCGACCGACAUUCCUCCGGUCAAAGGGCCAAAACUUGGAGAGAUCGAUUGGGAUUCAGACGACAGUAUGACUUACCCUGUAGUAAUGUCUCGACAUCUUAUAAACCAGACAGCAACUCAACAGGGGUACAUGAGUUUCUUUGGAGACAUUCUCAAGUAUCAUUUACUGGACAAAACUCCCUCCUCAACUCGAACAGGCACCGCUCGGAUGUCGUGCUGUGAACCAACCAAGCCACUUCCAAAGCGACAGAGACAGGAAAUUAGAGUUGUUGAUAAUUCUGAAGAUUUGGAUAGAUGUCAAAAGCUUACAGAUUACUUCCCGGUCCGUAGAAGUAAAAGACAGCCGCUCUCCAAGAUAAAGGACCUAGAGUACGAACAGUUAAAAGAUAAGAUCCUCAGCAAAUCCACUGACGGGCUAGAGAUCCGGGUGAUAGAAGACAAGGGAAGAGGAGUGUUCUCAACACGGCACUUUGCCAGAAAGGAGUUCAUAGUGGAGUACUCCGGUACUCUGAUAUCGUACGAUGAAGCUAAACGCAGGGAGGCGGAGUAUAUCCAGGAACCAGAGAAGUACGGGUGUUACAUGUACUACUUCGUCUUCAAGAACAAGAAGUACUGUGUGGACGGUACAGCUGAGGACGGCAGCUACGGCCGACUCUUAAACCACUCCAAGAACGGGAACGUCGAGAGCAAACUCAUCAACAUCAACAACAGACCAGUUCUGAUACUUGUAGCCAAGGUGGAUAUUGAACCAGAAACUGAACUGAGUUAUGAUUACGGGGAAAGGAGCAAGGAAAUAAUUGACUCCCACCCCUGGUUGAAUCAGUAGUUAGUUCUUGUGUGACAGGUUUUUAAAUUGUUCCUGUGAACUGUUCCGUAGUAAAGUUUAAACUUAAGCUAUUAUCAAAUAUCAGUAAGCAGAUGUUGGCUUUAGUCUGUAAGACACUUUGUUGUAAUUUUUAAAUUGUGUCUGAACCUUUUAGUCGUGUUUAUCAAGUUUGUCGAGUCGAGUUAUAGCAAAAUUUGGGGCUAUCGAAGAAUGAAGAAAUUGUAUGGUAAGUGUGCAGUUAUGCAGUAUGCUAGGAAAAUUGUUUAAAUUUUGUCUGACUAGUUAUAGUAUUCAAUAACAAGUUAGACGAUUGUUUUAAAACCUUUAGUGUGAAUUUACACAUAUUUGAUUGUUUAACAAACUGUAAUUGAAUAAAUUACUCUCGUUUUAAAGUUGCUAGUUC